CAAUGAGCUACGGCUCGCCAGAAAGCUCUGUGAUGUGGUCCUUGUGGCCAAGGAUGUUAAAUUCGAAGCUCACAAAAUAAUUCUGUGUGGCUGUAGCUCCUUUUUCAAGACAGAAUAGCUAGUACGGACAUCUACUAACAUCAAUGACAGACCAUGAACUAAAGCAAAACAGGGACUGAAAUAGACAAGACAGAGCAAAACAACAAGGUACAGCUGGGUACGAUCGGGGAAGCACACGUGGAUAAUCAGGGGGGCGUGGCACACACGAGAACCGUGCAAGCUUGGCGUGACAGAACCCCCCCCAAAGGCGCGCUCUCCGGGCGCGCCUCAGGGGAGGCGACGGACGAGACGAGGGAGACGAGACCUGGAAAAGAGGAACAAACCAAUAAUGGGGCACAGGGAACAGGACAGAAACACAGAACUGGCACAGAGACAGGAAGUAGGACAGGACCUGACAUAGGACAGGGAAGGCGGACAAACAGAUCAGGAAAGGGGACACGGAGGGAACAGGCGGGACAAAAGGGCCGGGAGUGAUUGAAGGGAACACCGGGGGACGAGGAGCAGAGAUGGGAGGAACAACAGGAUGAGGAAUAAACAUAGGAGGGACAAAGACGGGAGACCAAGGAGAGAAGGAGGGGGAAUAAAGGGGAGCCCCAGCGGGCGACGGGUGGCAGCCGGAGGGGCCGCAGGCAGCCGGAGCAGGAGGGGACCUCAGAGGGGCAGAGGAGGCUGGGCGAGGGACAGACGGAGGGACCGAGGAGGGAGUUGGAGGGAUGACCAGGGAAGGGGACGAGGGAGCUGUAGGGGACUCUGGAAAGGGCAAGGAGAGGUGGGGAGCCGCAGCAGGCGACGACGUCCUCCUACGCGCUGGAGUGGGGGGAACUGCAGGCAACUGAGGAGCCGCAGCCGGGGAGCCCGCAGGCGACCGACGAGAAGUCGGCGGCGGGAGUGAGGCAUGGCUACGAGGCUUCGGAGGGGGACCUGCAGGCGACAGCCGACCCAGCAAAGCCCACCAAGAGAGCAAGCUCCCAGGCGGAUCGUCGUCGCCUCUGGUCUCCUCCUUCUCCUCUGCUUUUUCCUCUUUAUGUGGUCUGUCAUUCUGUCACGAUCGGGCUUGAACGGGUGAUCGCUCAGGUAGGAAGCAGGCAGACAGGGGAAAUACGGGCUAAACUAGGGGUUUAUUCAUGGGACAGGACAGAACAGCUAGUACGAACAUCUACUAACAUCAAUGACAGACCAUGAACUAAAGCAAAACAGGGACUGAAAUAGACAAGACAGAGCAAAACAACAAGGUACAGCUGGAUACGAUCGGGGAAGCACACGUGGAUAAUCAGGGGGGCGUGGCACACACAAGGAUCGUAUGAGUACCCAUGUGAUCAUCUGGGGCAGGAGGUCUGGUUGAUUUUCAUUUGGGGGUCCCUGGUUAAAACAAAGUCAAAAAGCCAGUAAUUUAACUCUGUCUGUAAAACCCAUAUUUAUUAAAUAAGUCACAUCUGGGUUGUUUUUCAGGGCGAUGUUCACCGGUGCCUGGAAUAUCCCAGGAAAGUAUGAAUACGAAUUCCCGAACAUUUCCCCGGAAACGAUGAAGCACAUCAUCGAGUACGCUUACACGUACUCUGUGCUCAUCACAGUAGACAAUGUGGAGAGUCUCCUGGCAGCCGCUGAUGAGUUGAACAUCCUAGGCAUCGUGAAGCGCUGCAGUGACUUCCUUCUUAAGCAACUCUGUCUCGAGAAUUGUGUUGGCCUUUUUAAAAUUGCUGAUAUCCACUGUCUCAAUGAGCUGCAUCAGUCUGCCUUCAACACAAUCCUGAAGAACUUCAAGGAGGUCGCCGGCACCUCCAAAGAGUUCACAGAGCUCACCCUGCAACAGCUCUGUGAUAUAAUUGAAAAGGACGAGCUGAACGUCAGGCAGGAGGAUGUCGUCUUUGACGCCAUCCUCCGCUGGAUCAAGCACGAGCCUGCCAGCCGUAAGGCCCACCUUUCAGUGCUGCUGCCCAAAGUGCGGAUGGCUCGUAUGACUCCAGAACACUUUAUUAAGACUGUUAAAAACAAUGAUCUUGUGAAGGCUGAUGUGGCGUGUAGGCCCAUUGUCAGUGAAGUUUUAAAGGCCAUAUAUGAACUUGACUUUAAAAGUCCAUCUUCCGACUUUGACAACCCACUGAUCCGCCCACGCCUGCCUUCGGAGAUCUUGUUGGCCAUUGGUGGCUGGAGACACCACCCAACUAACUGGAUUGAAGCCUACGAUAGCUGGGCCGACCGCUGGGUGGAUGCCACGCAAGAGGAGAUGCCCCCCGUGUCCUUCCACGGCACUGCAUACCUCAAAGGACAUGUCUAUUGCAUCGGGGGGUAUGACGGCCUGUCCUGCAUCAGCACCGUGCGCAGGUUCGACCCCAUGACACGGACGUGGCAGCGGGUCGCCCCAAUGAACUCGCGCCGCUGUUAUGUUAGUGUGGCUGUACUUGAUGGCUUCAUUUAUGCCAUGGGCGGGUUAAACGGCUCCAGACGCAUCAACACAGUGGAGCGGUAUAACCCGGACACUGAUCAAUGGACUGUAAUCCAGCCAUUAAAUGAACGGCGAAGCCAUGCCAGUGCCACCGCACUACAUGGCAAGAUAUACAUCUGUGGGGGCUACAAUGGAACUGACAGCCUUUCUUCUGCUGAAUGCUAUGACCCAUUCACUGACCAAUGGACCGCAAUCACUCCAAUGAGCACUGCCCGAAAUGGAGUUGGAGUCGUGGCUUAUAAGGAGAAAAUCUAUGCGGUGGGCGGUACCAAUGGGUCUCACCACCUGCGGAGCGUAGAGGCCUAUGACCCUCUUUCCAAUCGCUGGAAUGCUGUGGCCCCCAUGUUUAUGUCACGGAGCAACUUUGGAAUCGAGGUGAUCGAUGGCCUGCUGUUCGUGAUGGGCGGAACCGAUGGGUUCAGUGUCUCGAGCAGGGUGGAGUGCUAUGAUGCAGAGACAGGCAGCUGGUACAGCGCCCAGAACAUGUGCACACCCAACAAAAACUUUAGCUGCUGCGUAGUACCUGCACAUCCUGCCAUCAUGCAAUACGCUGCACCUCGCUAGUGCCUGAUGGCCACCAGGAGGAGACGAACCCAACUGUCCCCAACAGCCUGUACCCCCCACCCCGAAUUCAUCCAUCCAUCCAUUUUCCAAACUGCUUAUCCUACUGGGUCGUGUGUCCUGCGAUGGGCUGGCCCCCCAUCCUGGGUUGUUCCCUGGCUCGUGCCCAUUGCUUCCGGGAUAGGCUCCAGACCCCCCACGACCCAGUAGGAUAAGCGGUUUGGAAAAUGGAUGGAUGGAUGUUACAAAUUUAAUGGUUUCAUAACAAAAGUCCAUUGACAAGUGUUAGCAUUUCUGCAUAUAUCUUCCGCACAGACAUUUCCUUUUUAUUAAAUGUCAUAAUUUUUUGACUGACUCAUUAAGCUGCCCUUAUGCUAUUAAUUGCAGUUGUCAGUGGCUCCCAAAGGGAUACUUAACAUAAAUGUUUGGUGCUUUAUGUUACUACAAAGGUGCUACUAAUUAAAAAGCACCCAAAUGAGACUGCUUUCAAUAAACUUUUCUAAAGUCAGAACAGCUCUUUUAAAAUUCUAAUUUUGGCUUUGAUUUAUUAUUACUUGAAAUGAAUAUUUUGAAUGAAUGAUUUUUGUUAUGAAACCAAUAAAUUUGCAGUAUUUUUACUGAAUUAAACAAGUGUCCCCAGACUUUCUGUGAGUACUUUAAAUAAAGCAAUACCUGAACUA